ACAUUGGCCGAAGCAACGGCCAGCCGUUUUAGUUGUGUCGCAAGCGUUGAGUUCUUGUUGGGAAUAUGCUGAGUCGGCUUUGCUCAGAGAGAAAGGUGGAAUAAAUAACUUGUACCCUAAACAAAAAAAUUCCACAGAUUUAGUAAGCAAGGAAUCAUUUGUACUAGUAAUUUCACUCUUUACUUUGUGUGAAAUUUUGUAUCGUUUCCGAAAUAUAUUGAAAUCAAACUGAAAUCAAUUUUUAACGAUUGUUAGCAAUGACGACCAGACGCAGCAGUUGUAUUUUGCUUAUAAUUACCCUGUCUGUAAUGGGAAUCUGCAUGGGUCUUAUUGUAGUUUACUCUGGUUUUCAUCACGAAGAUGUUAGAUUUAAAACAAUUCUAAUCACAUUGGUUGUUGUUUUGAUCUUUCAGUUUAUUAUAGGCGAUCCGAUCAAAUUCGUUGUAUUUGCGAUUGCUGAGGCUUUUUGGCCAAGAACUAUAGUAAAACCAAAACGAGAGGUAAACCACAAGGAAUACACACGUGUGGACAUCUUGAAAAUGGAAUUGCGCAGAUUGCGCAGCAAUUUUCUUAUCACCGAAGAGUUUCGCAAUGAGAAUUUAAAUAUUAAAUACAAAUACAUUGCACAGGAUUUGUGGAUCUAUGGGAUUUAUUUUGUUUUGCUGAUGUGCAUGGUGAUGGUGUCGACGGAUGAAACUUUGUACUAUAACACACAUGCAAUACAUAGAUUGUUUAUGGAGAAUCAUACCGAUUAUUAUGGGCUCAAGGAGAUUUAUCAUAUUAGUCAGCUAUUUGAUUUUAUUGAAUCGGCACUUGUGUCGGCAUUCGAACCGAAUACUACAAAUACCGGUAUGACCGGCUGGGUGCAUUGCAAUCAGACAAAUCUUGUGGGUGUUAUUCGUCUUAGACAGCUGCGCUUAGUCGAUGAACACUACGGAUGGGAACAACCUCAGUUUUCGGAGAUGUCCUACAUGCCCGAUUGGCAAUUGCCAUAUCGUCGACUCUUCUACACGGACAAAUAUUGGCGCAUCUAUGAGCCAUUUUUACCCAUCUCGGCUAGCUAUGAUCUCAUCGAUAUGUUGUUGCUUAACUUCAAUCAUAAAGGGUUCUUUAACGAUUAUCCAGAGUUGAAUGGUUAUAUAGCCUUAUUGGCUCGUACCCGUCAGAAUAGUAUCAAAAUAAUGGACUAUUUAACUGAAUACCAUUGGCUUAACUAUAACACUUGCGCGGUCUUUAUGGAUUUCACACUCUAUAAUGUCGAUGUGAAUGUAUUCAGUGUCUGUACACUGCGAGUGGAGCAGACACCCUUUGGCAGUCUCUUGCCCCAUGUGGAUGUGGAAAGUGUGAAAAUGCUUGAUUCUGUUGAUCAAAUGUCAUACUGGAAUCUACUUGUUUUACUCCUGUACGUCGUAAUGGUCAUUAUAUUUUCAAAGUCUUUGGUCUUAAGAUUAUGGUACGAUGCCGGUGUCUUGAACAGCAUGUGGAACAAAGUAGAUUUGGUUAUAUUCGUGUUGAAUAUCACAGUUUUUACUUUGAUUGUGGUACGAGAAUGGCUUGUCUCGUCCAUGCUGAAGAAGGUGGAAGGUGCUAGUAAAAUGGAAUUCAUUGAUUUUCGUCGACCAUCACGACUGCAUCAGUUGACAACUAUUAUGGUUGGAUUUCUCAUCUGUAUCACGACGUUGAGAUUAUGGCGGGUUCUUCUAUUUGCAAGCGUUUUCAAAUUAUUUACACGCACCCUGUAUCUGGCCUGGCAGGCUGUCUUUAGUACCGCCAUGGUGAUUAUUGUAUUCCUGAUUGGCUUUUGUUUGGCCGUUGUUAUUAUCAAUGGCAAUAAUAGUGCGAAUUUCAAUCGAUUCGUUAAGAGUGUUGUCACCUGUGUGUGCUUCUCGUUCGGUUUCAGUGGCCAUGUGAAUCCCUCCGAUAUGUUUAUGGGCGGCAAAUGGUUGGGCAUACUCCUCUACGGCAUUCUGGCAUUUGUUAUAGCCGUACUCCUGAUCAAUGUUUUCGUUUCACUCAUCAAUGACUACUUUACCACUGCCAAAUUGUUGAGGGAUGCCAAAUCGGAUAAUCGAAUCAAUUUUUUGCAAUUUCUACGUGUCGAAUAUGCCCGAUUUUUUGAUAUAUUCCUAAAUUUGCCAUGUUUUCGCAAAAAAUAUCGUAGCCAUGAUCGUACAGUGACAGAGAAUAUAAAUCGAAAAUUGGCGGAACGAUCCGAAGGGGUACAGAAAACUUCUCAGCUUCUGUUUCGCCGGAAACAACGUUAUAAAAUCGACGAAGCUAAAGUGAAACUACAAUACAGAUCACGAGGUGAAAAAUUGAUGAAAUUGAAGACUAUCAUUAAUAAGCAGAUCGAAUUAUUGGACGUAUAUAUAUUUGGCGAGGAGCAAGAUAAAGAUGCCGAAUAUGGGGAUCCCAGUAAAGAGACUUAAUUUUCAAAUUAUUUCAAAAUGUUAUCCGGCUCCAAUAUAUUAGAAAAUA